GCCACUUCAUCCCCCCCCACCGUUGAAACUCUACACUUUUCCCCUUUCACAGUUCCCUCCCACUAUGUCCAUCCCGUCCACACGGCUUGGGAAGCUCACCUCUCACAUCACUAGUCAACCACCCAGCACGCUGGACUCCCGCCCUGGAUUAAAUGACCAUCUCAUUUUGACUUGUGGCAGCUUGGAUUAUUGUCACCUGAUAGCGAUGCUGCCUGGGUGCUGAUCCAGGGUGUGAUCGCUGGAGGCAGAGUGAGAGAUCCAGAUAAAACAUCUUAAUGGUGGUAAUAAGCUAAAUGAGACAGAACCAAACAAAGGCGGAGAUGGAAUUACGACUGGGAUUUAGGAUCACGUUGGUCAUCUUGGCUUUGGCUCUAUCCGGCGAGAGGGUGGAAGCUCAGAGAGCAGGAUGUAAAAACGUCCACUACGACCUGGCGUUCAUCUUGGAUACCUCUUCCAGCGUUGGGAAAGACAAUUUUGAGAAAAUCAGGCAAUGGGUGGCCAACAUUGUGGACUCUUUUGACGUGGCACCAGAGAAGACAAGGGUAGCCGUGGUUCGCUACAGCGACAGACCCACCAUCGAGUUCACCCUGGGCAGACACGGGACCCUGGAGGAUGUGAAGCAAGCCGCCCGCAACAUACGCUACCUGGGGGGAAAUACGAUGACCGGGGAGGCCAUCAACUACACCACCGCCAACAUCUUCACCGAGCGGAGCGGGGCCAGGCCGACGGCCAGAGGCGUUCAGAGGGUGGCCAUCCUCCUCACGGACGGCCGGAGCCAGGACUACGUCCUGGAGUCCUCCAAGGCGGCCGCCAAGGCCGGCAUCAGGAUGUUCGCCGUGGGCAUCGGGGAGGCGCUGAAGGUGGAGCUGGAGGAGAUCGCGGCCGAGCCAAAGAGCGCCCACGUCUUCCACGUGACCGACUUCAACGCCAUCGACAAGAUCCGAGGCAGGCUGAGGAGGAGGCUGUGCGAGAAUGUCCUGUGUCCCAACAUGAAGGUCCAACCUGAUCGGUUUAAGCCCGACAGCAGCAGUUACGGCCUUGAAGAGGUUCCAGGGUUCAACCUGAUGGAGUACUUCAACGUGAGAGACGUUCUGGGAACUAAGGAGGACGAAGGGCAAAGUUCUUACGUUCGGCUCGGCACCAUGCCCAUUGUACAGCAAACAGAGGACGUGUUUCCUCAAGGGUUGCCAGAUGAAUAUGCCUUUGUGACGACAUUCAAAUUCAGGAAAACCUCAAGACGUGAAGAUUGGUACCUGUGGCAGGUUUAUGACAAAUAUGGAAUCCCACAGGUGUCCAUCCGCCUGGACGGGGAGAACAAGGCGGUGGAGUACAACGCCGUCGGCCUGACAAAAGACGCCGUCAGGGCCGUGUUCAAGAACCACGAGGUUGACAACCUGUUCGACCGCAACUGGCACAAGAUCGCCCUGAGUGUGGAGGCCAAGUCCGUGUCUCUGUACCUGGACUGCAAACACAUCCAGACUCUGCCCAUCGAAGACAGGGAGGACAUCGACAUCCAGGGGAAGACCGUGAUCGGGAAGAGGCUGUACGACAGUGUGCCAAUCGAUUUUGACCUCCAGAGGAUGAUGAUUUACUGUGAUUCCAAGCAGGCAGAGCUGGAGACCUGCUGUGAUUUACCCAACGGACCUUGCCCCAAGAAAGUCGUGACAGAGGCCCCCCCCGUGGAAAUCCCCGAUCCAACACCCACCAGUGUGGAGCAGAAAAAAGGCCCUGAAGUCAACUGUUCGUGCCCUGCUGGAGAUAAGGGAGCGAUCGGCGUGCCCGGUGUUGCAGGUCCUAAGGGUGCAAAGGGUGACGCCGGCUCUAAGGGCGCCAUCGGAGCUCCGGGAACCAGAGGAGAAAAGGGCGACACUGGCAAAGUAAUAUCUGUCAAAGGUGACAGAGGCGAGAAGGGUGACACAGGCAGAAUAGGGUUGACAGGUGCUCCCGGACAGAAAGGAGAGAAGGGGACGGGUGGUGAGCCGGGUAUCGAUGGCUUAUCCGGAGACAAGGGAGACAAAGGUGAAGGGGGACUGGCAGGGGAUCCAGGUCUACCGGGUCUAGCUGGACAAAAGGGAAUUCAAGGGGAUGAAGGAAUUCCCGGCACCCCAGGACCGAAAGGUGUCCCUGGCGAAUCCGGUGGAAAAGGCGAAAAAGGAAUUUCGGGAGACAGGGGUGGGGCAGGUUUCGACGGAUUACCUGGCAAACCCGGUGCUCCUGGGAAGGAUGGCUUGAGAGGACUGGUCGGCGCAUCCGGACCCAGCGGAGUCAAAGGCAUCAAGGGGGAGAGAGGCCUUCCCGGAUUACCUGGGGAUGUGUUUCAAAAAGAAGGCUUACGGGGUGAAAAGGGGGAUGCUGGACCUCCUGGGCCUCCAGGGCCCGGGGGCCCCGAGGGGCCUCAAGGUCCUCAGGGUCUACAGGGACUUCGUGGGGAACCUGGAGAGAGGGGAAAGAAAGGAGAUGCUGGAUUCCAUGGAGUGGACGGACUUCCUGGAUCCGCUGGUCCUCAGGGUCCACCUGGCCCUGCAGGAAGCAAAGGACACACUGGACCUCCUGGUCUGCCUGGUGAAAUUGGACGUUCAGGCAAAGAGGGAGAGGCCGGAAAGCCUGGUCUUCCUGGUAAAGACGGUCUGGACGGUCUUCCUGGAAACGACGGCACUAUGGGGCCCCGGGGGGAGCGCGGAGCGGAUGGUUUUGCCGGCAAGCCCGGACCUAAGGGUGACGAUGGGCCUCCCGGCCCGAGAGGACCUGCAGGGGAUCGAGGAGAGCCUGGUACCCCCGGGCAGACAGGCGGGGAUGGAGUUAGAGGGGACAGGGGUGUUCCGGGAGAAAGAGGACAGGAUGGACCACUCGGACCAAAAGGGGAAAAGGGAGACAAGGGGAACGAGGGAGCGAGGGGACUACCUGGCAUCCCAGGGAAUGUGGCAAAUGUGAUUCCUGAGCCUGGUGAACCUGGAAAACCUGGAGAGAAGGGAGCGAAGGGAGAUCAAGGGAACCCAGGAGAGAUGGGUCUGAGAGGUUUACCUGGCGAACAAGGCUUCAAGGGACCAGUUGGACCAGUGGGCGCAAAAGGUGACGCUGGACUAACGGGAGCGACGGGACGCGUUGGAGAUCCUGGUCCACCUGGACUAGCCGGUGCUCAAGGUGCUCGUGGAUUACCCGGCAGUGUGGGCAUACCAGGGAUCAUUGGGCCUCCUGGUCCAGUCGGACAGAGAGGAGACAAGGGUGAAACGGGUAAACCAGGACAAUCAGGUGUCCCGGGCCCACCUGGAGAUGGCGGUUUGACUGGACCUCCCGGACCACCAGGAAAGGGCAAAGACGGGCAAAACGGGGAUCCAGGACCACAGGGAAUUCAAGGACCCCCGGGGCUGAAGGGGCAAACCGGGCCCCGAGGAGAAGUGGGGCCACCCGGGGACAGGGGCCCCGCAGGGGAAGGCAGAGCGGGACCACCUGGGCCUUCAGGAAGUGACGGUGACGCUGGAACUCCGGGCCUCAGGGGCCUGCCGGGAGUCGCCGGUCCUCAGGGCCCAGCGGGACAUAAUGGUUUACCAGGAAGACCAGGAGACAAGGGAUCACCAGGAGAUCCUGGAAAAGCAGCAGACCUGUCGGAGCUGGAUCUGAAGGACGUCUGCUCAGACUGCCCCGCGGGCCCACCUGGACCACCAGGUCUCCCGGGAGUCCCAGGGGACAAAGGACACCAGGGACCUCCGGGGAAAAACGGUCAAGACGGCUACCAAGGGCCGCCAGGAACAGCCGGAGCUCAAGGGCCCCCUGGAGCCGACGGGGGAAAGGGUGUUAAAGGUGAUCGAGGACCUCCGGGAGGCCCCGGAGACAAAGGAGAAAAGGGUCACCCAGGACCCCCUGGUCAUCCGGGCACCCCUGGCUUAAUGGGCACACCCGGCAACGACGGACUGCCUGGACCCGUCGGCCCCUCGGGACCCACCGGAGAAAAGGGCAAAGAGGGGCUCAGUGGAAUCCAGGGGCCACCAGGUCUUCCCGGCUUGAUUGGUGAGCCUGGAAAAAUGGGAAAAGAUGGCAGACCAGGUGAACCAGGAGAGCCUGGCAAGCAAGGUGAGCCUGGACCACUAGGAAACCCGGGGCUCAGGGGACCCUCAGGCUUCAAGGGCCACAGAGGAGAGCCCGGGGCUCCAGGAGCUAAGGGAGAAGAUGGGAAGCCCGGAUCAUCGGGGCGUGAUGGCAAACCCGGGAAAGAGGGCUCGAUGGGACCUCCAGGCAGAGAAGGCCUCAGUGGACCAAGAGGAGAGCCGGGCAAGCCGGGGGAACCGGGGCCAUCGGGAAAAGCAGGUCUCGCUGGAACGCCAGGCCUUAGCGGAAACAAGGGAGAGGCCGGCAACCCGGGAUUACCAGGCUUCAGCGGGCCCAAAGGCCCCGCGGGUCCACCUGGUCCGAUUGGCCCAGAAGGCAAACAGGGGAUGCCAGGCAGAGUUGGUGAUCGUGGCUUCAAAGGAGAUAAGGGAGAUUCAGGCGUGAAGGGAGAUAAAGGACAAUCGGGAGACCCAGGCAUGCCUGGAAACCCCGGGCCCCCCGGCAGAAAGGGCCACACAGGGAUGAUGGGCAUGUCUGGACCUCCCGGAGAAUUAGGAGCCCCGGGGCCCCAAGGACCUUCGGGGAAUCCCGGUAUGCCAGGCCAAAGAGGCGAGUCGGUGUCACUGGAACAGAUGAGACGGCUCAUCCAGGAGGAGCUGGCCAAACAAUUAGAUGCCAAAAUGGCUUACCUCAUGGCUCAGAUCCAGCCGGCCCACGUUAAGAGUACGGCCGGCCGCCCAGGACCCCCGGGCCCUUCAGGGAAGGACGGCAAUGCUGGACGACCGGGCCCCCCUGGAGAGCCCGGUGUGCCUGGACAAAAUGGCGGGGAAGGAUCCAGGGGACCCAUGGGCCCUAAAGGCGACAGAGGAGCAAGAGGAGAAAGGGGGGAACCGGGUGUCGGCGAAAGAGGAGCGCAGGGACCCUCCGGCCCGAUAGGUCCAGCCGGUCUGCCCGGUUACGGUAAAGACGGGGGCCCCGGGCAAGCCGGAGCCCAGGGAGAGCCAGGAAACCCCGGCCCCCACGGUCAACCCGGACCUCCGGGUCCCACCGGCCAGUGUGACCCCAGCCAGUGUGCCUACUACGCCAGCCUGGCGCAGAGACCCCACACCAAAAAUGUCAAGGGGACCUAAGAGAGAAGGGACACAGAGCUUGAAGUCCAGCUGUAUUUAUGAACUUGGUCCGAAUCAAGAACUUUUUGUUUUGUUUUUAAGAUAACCUCAUCAUGGGGGGCAGAAGCAGCACCUGCUGCCGGCCAGGUCCUUUGUUUUGUUUGUAUUUGGUAUGUUUAAGGAAGGAUGGGGAUUCAGCGCGGGGUGAAAUGGGGGCAGCUAAUACAUUUUUCUUUUCCUCACAUGCUUUGUUUGCCGGUAAACAUCUUCAGCGCUUUUAUUUUUCCUGCCUCACAACCUGAGAAACUCUUCCCAGACCCCCGCGCUUCUGCGUCCAGCAUCAGACGUCAGUUACCGCUCACCAACUCGCUCUCUGGCUGCGGAUCGUCGGCCACAUCAUUACUCAGUGAUCGGUUUUAUUGUAACUGAUGGGAAGGAGGAGGGGAGGGACAUGCACAAUCUCAAAUACCAGCAGUGAUAUAGCGUAGCAGUGUUAAUGAGUGAGUGUGGACGGCAAUAAAAGGCCACUUCUUUGCACCAGCUCUCCACGCUGGUAGCAGUGGGCUUAUGUGGCCUUGUUUCAGAUAUUACUGGUGCCCCAAAACAGGCAUUGAAAUGUAAUUCCCCCCUAAAAACAAAUUGAAAUUGGAUUACUGAAGGCGGAAUAUUGCGGAAGAUUGUGGAGAGGGUUGCGGUCUUCGAUUCCCAAGUUCAGUUGUGUUUUGCACAAAGUGUCUACAGGACGUGUCAUUUGAAAUCUGUGCCAAACAUCAACAACAUGCCGAGUGCGCUUAUAUUUAGUUGUUCUAAAGAUAGCAGUGGAGACCGUUACAUUCGUACGCUUGUGUUUAAUGAAGUGGCCCUCGAGCAGUAAACGGCUUCGAGGAGGCUGUUUAAUUGCCGCCUUUGUUCGCCUCUCUUGAAAAGCUGCCUGUUUCUCACGGCUUUCUCUUAACGUGUCACUUCCUCUCUGUCCGCUCGGGCCUGUUAGGCAGCUGGGCCCCCCCCCCCCCCCCCCCCGCUGUGAAAGGACGUCGUCCUUUCUUGUUUGUCCCCCAGAGCCUAAAGUUGGAGAGUUGCUUCCCUGCAUCCUGUAGACCAGACUUCUGUGGUAACCAUUUGGAAGAUCUCCCAACCCCCCCCACCCCACCUCCCCACCUCCCCCUCACGGACCAAUUACACCUCUCCCGAGCCUCAGAGGUGCUGGUCAUCUUGAACCUAUUUAAUAACCUCCACAAAAGCGAUCACAUUUGUCUUCCCGUCACGAACAUGAAGCGAGUUGUCGCUUCGCACCACAGAAGAAGAGACGUGGAGGAGCAGCAUUCACCAAGAGAAUACAGACAUAUCCUCAAAUUGAGCUUGUAGAAACAGUACGACGCGAUCAAAAUUCAUCCCUUCAUGGAUCAGUGAUGCUCACAAUCUCCCGCUCAGGUUACCCAGCGGAAGGUCAUUCAUUCAAAAAAGUAAAGUGGCUGCGACAACUUAGUUUUGAACAUGUUGGUGAAGCAGACUGCCGUGUUUCGGCUGCUAUAGAGGCAAAAGUUCAAGGCUUUGUCAUUCUUUCAAAAAGUUGAAUUCAUUGAAGAUAUAAUACACCCCCGCUAAAUUCAUUGGUUGUGUUACUGCAGUUCAUGGGGGAGAAUGUUAAGAAAUGAUUAAAUUUAAAGGUGCAAUAUACGAGAUGAAGAACAUUCAUAUUGCAGCAGAGAACUAUUUUCUAUGUUGAGAUUCUAAUCUGAGAUUCUUUUUAAGCGAUUUCCCUGCUUCAAAAUAAAGUGUCCUGCGACGCUCACGCGCUGUUUCUUGGUGCUCGGUGAACCCGACAGGUCGCCUCCGCAUUCUGGCUCCUCUCGUCACGCCGGUCGGGAGCAGCUCGAGAUGCAAUGAGGCUUAGAAUGAAAUGUAUCCCUCAAUGGAUGAUACCUGGAAUAUACCUGCUCUUUAAAUGGUUUCAUACCAUUUAUCAUUCUAUCAUUCUAAAGAUAUCUGUUUGCUGCCUCACUGUCAUGAUUUAGGAUUGAACAAUUGAAUCAUAUCAGUAUUUUCCCUUUCUUGGUUUGUUACAGUCACCAAUAACCUGAUGAAGUUAUAAUGCUAAAUUAUUCACAAUUUGAACCAUUACAAAUUAGUUAUAACGCAUUGACUAAAAUAAGUUAUACCGUUUUCCCUCCUUUUUCUCCUCUUUACUCAUUGGUGCUAAGAUAUUUUAAAUUAGUAGCAUAUUGUACCUUUUAAGACAUGUACUGUACUGUAUAAUAAAGACGGGAAAGGUUUCAUUUUAUAAUAUA